UACAGAUCGCGACGGAACCGACACGCUUUUUUUCCUCUCUUGAACUUCUCUUCUCUUCGCUUCACUUGUAAUUCUAUUUGUGGUUCUGCGACUGAAAGCCUGAAGUGAGAAUGUUGCAGCUACUCUACACUGCCAUUUUCAGCGAAAUGAUUCUGAUUCUUACCCUUGUUUUCAAGACCCCACUCAGAAAACUAGUCAUCAUUACGUUGGAUCGGGUCAAACGAGGUCGUGGCCCCGUUGUUGUCUCCACCGUUGGUGCCACAUUGGUUGUGGUUCUCGCCUCCAGUCUCUAUAGCAUGGCCAAGAUCCAACAACGCACCAUCGAGGCCGGUGUAGUCAACCCCACCGAUCAAGUUCUCAUGUCCAAACACAUGCUCGAAGCAUCUCUAAUGGGGUUUGUGCUGUUCCUCUCUCUGAUGAUUGAUAGAUUGCAUCAUUACAUCAGAGAGCUUCGUCUACUCAGGAAGACUAUGGAAGCUGUGAAGAAACAAAGCCGAAGUUUUGAAGAAGGUAAAAAUGGCAAUACAGAGGAACACAAGGCAUUAACUGAAGAAAUUGCUGCAUUGAAGUCUGAAGUCAAGAAACUGGAAUCUGAAUGUGAGGCUAAAGGAAACAAGGCCAAGACUUUGGAAACUGAAGUAGAGGCUCUUAAAAAGCAAUCUGAGGGGUUCCUUAUGGAAUAUGAUCGCCUUUUGGAAGACAAUCAGAAUCUUCGGAGUCAGCUGCAGGCCGUUGACCAGAACUCUUUGCAUCCUGAUGAUAAAAAGAGUAUUUGAUAAUGAUCGUGGAAAUAUCUAGAAAAACACUUUUAUCAUUUGUUUUAACUCAAAAAGUGUCACAUGUUUUCUUAAGGAGGUCACAGUUGUAAAUUCUAAGUAUCUAAAGACAGAGAUGAGCCCUGGGGAUUAGGUGAACUUUUACUUUAAGCGGCUCACAGUCUCGCAUUAAAAGUAUAGUUGAUUUGAUCAGCUUAUAACCAUAUCGAUGAUAAUGAUAAAUGAUCAUAAAGGAACGGAUAUUUAUUGC